AUGCUAACAUCCUUACCAGUGGGAAUGAGGCAUGGCAAUACAGGUCUUGAAAGUUUGCAGAUCAAAGGAUGUCAUUCUCUGACAUUCAUUGUAAAAGGUCAGCUACCUCCAUCUCUUAAAAGACUUUCAAUAUUAAAUUGUGAGAAGUUGCAGGUUUUGUUAGAUGAUACAGAUGAUAUUUCUCCUCCUCCAUCUUCAAUAAUGCAAAAUGUGUUCAAUAGCAACACCAGUACAUAUGUACUUGAGCGCUUGUAUAUUGAUAACUGUCCAUCUCUCACGGCUUUAUCAUUAAAAGGACAGUUACCUGUUUCACUCACACAUCUUAAAAUUUUUGAUUGCUUAAAGUUAGCAUCAAUCGCAGAGAAAUUUGACAACAACAUAUCUCUCAGGUCAAUACAUGUUCGGGAAUGUGAAAUCUUAUUCCCUUGCCUCAGUCUAAACAUUCUUAACCGCCUUCAUGAAAUUACACUUGCAGACUAUCCGAACCUUGUUCGCUUCCCUGAAGGAGGGCUUCCCAACACCAGUCUAGAGAUUAUAUUCUUCAGAUGUGAGAAACUUAGAGAGCUUCCUGAAGGCUUUCACAAUCUCAGCUGUCUCCAACUUUUAUCAAUAAAUAGAUGUCCAAGUAUCAGAUCAUUGCACAAGCUCACCUGCCUUACAAGCCUCCAUAUAGCUGGAUGUCCUGAUGUUGUAUCUUUUCCAGAAGAUGAGAUGGGAAUGAUGCUGCCAACCUCUUUGAUUCAGCUAUCCGUUGAAGAAUUUCCAAACUUGAAAUACUUAUCUUACAGGGGUUUUCAAGACCUAGCUUCUCUUCAAACUUUGGUUAUCGAUGAUUGCCCACAGCUUCCAUUCUUUCCGGUGGGCCUAACAUCCUCGCUUUUGCAAUUGCACAUUUAUGAUUGUCCACUGCUGAAAAAUCAGUGCACGAGGGAUAAAGGACGAGAAUGGCCUAAGAUAGCUAACAUCCCUUACGUUACAUUUGACUACAAGUUUAUCUACGAUUCGAAGGAGGAAGAGGAUAGAUCAAAGAGACAUUUGAUAUACAUGAGGCAAACUUGUGCUAAUCAACUGGGCAAUUUUUUUUUUUUUUUCUGGGGAAACAUAUUGUAGCUUUGGUGUUACAUGGAUUCAGGUUUUUCUGAUGAGUUUAAAUUUGUAAAAGAUUAUAUGGAUUCUCUUCAAAACUCUUACUUGGAAGACUCAAGACUUAGUAUGUGUGAUAUUAAGUUAUUACUUACGAUAAAAUUUUCGAGAGGGGAAUUCAUUUAAAAACCUUCAGGUUUCUAGUAAAAUAAUUCCCACAUCUGGAGCCUCUGUUAAGAAUAUCACAUAUUUAAUAGACAAGCCAAUUAUCAACCCCACAUCUGUGAUCCAUAUUAAUGAUUGUCCAAGCAAAUAUCUUCGAAGGAUUGUGCUCUUCAUUCAACUUUGGUUCUGCUGUCUCAUUGCCCUCAUAGCACCAAUGAGACAACAUUGUUGGAGCACGGAUGUGGGCUGAUGAUUGUCCAACAAUGCUCCCAUAUUUCAGUAGAAGCACUCUAGAUAGUAGAUCCUACUAAACAUACGGAUAUUGUAACACUCUUGGACAAAUCUCAUAUUACAGAAAUUAGUUUUGUCUUAACAUCCUCAAAAAGUAUCUAAGAUAGACAGUUUAUUGAUAGAGAAUCGGGUUAUUGGACUAAAAUGUUACAAACAUUGUUGAAGCACUACAGGACUGCACUUAAGAGUACAACCCAACCAGAUGGAACCUUCUUGUAACCUUCCUCUUUACUCUGACCAUGCCUUGACAAAACAUGUGAAGCGAACAACAUAAAAGGAAAUGAAAAUAGAAGAAAAGCCACCGAAUAGUUGUGUUGAUUAUUUGUUAAAGGCUUCUGCCUUGGGGAGGGAAGGCACCCCUAAUUGUCUGUUUCAUUUUCUCUCAUUUGUUUCUGCUUAAGGAGACAACAUACUGCUGGUCCAUUUGUUUACUGAUUGUGCUUAUUUGGAAGGGUGUGUUGUCUGUGAAUCCAUUCACAACUUGCUGGGUUUUUUUUUUCCCCUUUUCUUUUUUGUGUCGAAUAUUAGUUUUGUUGGAAAGAAUUGUUUGGAUUCGGUGAUUUA